AUGGCCGACAUAAAUGAUAAUAUUAGUAUUUAUGAAAACAGUGGCGAUAGUCAAGAAGUUAUAAGAUCGAUUUCGUCAAUAAGUUCAGAACCUUCCAUAACACCACGAAAUAAUUCGUUAUUAGGUGUAUUUUAUGGUAUUGGAAUGAAUGUAAAUAAUAUGAUUGGAGCGGGUAUCGUUUCUACACCAGGAACUGUUUGGAAUGCGGUAAAAUCCCCUGGAAUAGUAUUAUCAUUAUGGUUAAUCGGUGGAAUAAUAAGUAUGGCAGGUUCACUAACAUAUGUUGAACUUGGAGCCAUUCAUAAAAUAAGCGGAGGUGAAACGAAAUAUUUACAAACAGCUUAUCCAAACCCAAAACUUUUAAUGAGUUAUCUUUUCAGUUUUAUGUUUGUCCUUGUAAUUAAACCAGGGCUUUUAUGCGCCAUUUUACAAAUUGGUGCGCAGUAUUUUUGGUAUACUAUAACAGGAGAAACAUAUAUACAAACAUAUGUACGUGAAUCAAAUAAAACAUUAUCUGAUGAUGAUAUACCUGAACUACAUUCAAUUGGAUGGAAUCUUCCUUUUUCUCCAUUUUGGCUCGUAACAUUUUUGGCAAUCCUACUGUUAUUUGUCAUAACAGUUUAUCAUAUGCUUAGUAACAAAUGGGCAGCAAUUAUAAAUCAGGGUCUUGCUAUUAUAAAAUUGACUACGUAUUCAAUAAUCGCUAUAGCUGGAUUUUAUGGAUUAUGCAAAAAUAAAGAAAUUAGUAGUGAUAAUUGGAAAACGCAGUUAAAUGGAAAUACAGACAUUGCAGAAUAUUCAUCAACUAUUUUAUUGAUUAUGUUCACAUAUAAUGGAUGGAAUAACUUGAAUUAUUCUUUGGAUGAGUUCAGGAACCCGGAAAAGAAACUGAUUCUCAGCAAUAGUAUUAGUGUCGCAAUUGUUACAGUAAUGUAUUUCCUUGUAAAUGUUGCAUUUAUCUCGGUCGUACCAAAAGAAAAAUUAGCAAGCAAAGAUAAGAUAGAUAAUCAUGAAACCAUAGCUGCAGAAUUUUUUAAUCAAUUAUUCGGAAAUCAAUUUACUAGAAUUUUUACUUUCCUGGUUUUACUUUCUAUAAUGGGUACCGCUGCAGUAGAAGUAUGGAGUGGAUCGAGAGUUAUUGUCGCAGCGGCAAAUUCAGAUUUUUUCCCAAAAUAUUCACAAAAAUUAAAAAACUGGAAUGAACGUUUUAAUACACCUAUCAAUGCUUUAUUAGCACAAUUCGUUUGGUGUUCAUUUCUUAUGAUAUUCGUUGGUGGUAGUUUUUCAAUUUCAAAUUUUAAAUUAUUUUCAAAUCUUGCCAGUUACAGUUAUUGGAUAUUUUAUCUUGCUACUGGUAUAGGUUUGUUGUUGAUUCGAAGGAGAAGUGAAAAUAACGAAAAAAAAUUUUUUAAAGUGCCAUUACCAGUAGUAGGAAUUUUUAUUCUAGGAGGAGUGCUUAUAUUAACAUUCUCUUUUAUUGUCGACGAUGCUUUGCAAUUAUCACCAAUAUUUCUUAGUUAUGGUUUCUUAUUUAUCGCAUUAAUAUCUUGGUAUUUCUUUUAUUAUUGGUGGGAUACUAAGAAGAAGCAAAGGGAAUCCGCUAUUAUGGGAAUAGCUGCCAAUCAAUGA